AUGGGAGUUGGCUACUCGAGCAAACACAGGACCCUACUUUCUCAUUCAUUUAGUAGCCUACUAGUCUUGAAACGCAAAGGAAUCAUGCCUACAAGUGUACUUCUCUCUUAAGCGCUCCACGCAGUAGAAAAACAAUAGUAAUGCACUGUCGCACAACUUAAGGAGCCUGAGAUCAACUUGGAUAUAUUUAGAAUCGUAAAGAUUCGCUUAUAAAGAAACCCCGGGGAAAACAUUUUUUUGCGUUUUGUUUCGCCGCGCUUGGACAAAACUGGGUUGUGUUGCCAGAUCGGCGUCUCAAGUGCGCAGUGCUUUACUGGGAGCCUGCUCCAUCUUUCAAGCUUCACUCGUGGAUUUACCCUCACCUUGGACACACUAGUGAAUUAAUUCGCUGCAUCGAGUGGAGGAAUAGCGACAGAUCAAGCACCACUAUUUGGAUACAACAAUCGUAAUGAGCUUUAGAUAUUAAUAUAAGCUGGUUUUAAACAAUUUUGGAUGGGUGCUUGGUAUAUUGGCUGAUGGAUCCUACACUAUGGAUGGUUGCAUAUAGGAUUUCAGAUGCAUGCCAAGUCCACAGUGAAUGUCGGAAGUGGUGAUCACCCCAGAUGGAGCUCCAACGUCAACAUGGCAGUGGCGGCUCAUUAGUAGUGAUCCAGCAGCCUUCCCUGGAGGGCCGGCUGGACCGUUUGGACUACGAACGGGAGCUCCAGCAUGCCGCCAUUCUCUCGCUUGACCAAAUCAAGGCCAUCCGCUCCAACAACGAGUACACGGAGGGGCCGUCGGUGGCCCGCAGGCCUGUCGCCCCGCGAAUGGUGGUAGCCCCGCGACCGGACAAGCACGAGAGCACCCACGAGAUCAUACUUGUCAAUGUGAACAACAACUAUGAGCACCGGCACCCCGGCGGCCAUCCAGGGAGUGCCCUGGUCGGACAGCAUUACAACGGGCGGGCUCCCGGCCUCAGCCGCUCUACCAGCACAGGUAGUGCUGCCAGCUCGGGGAGCAACAGCAGUGCCUCGUCAGAGCAGGGCCUUCUGGUACGCUCCCCUCCAAGCCGGCUUGGCUCUGCCCACCACCAUAACCACCACCAUAGCAGCAGCAGCAGCAGCCACCGGGCGGACAGGCCUGUACGGACUCAGCCCAAGUCACUGGUCUCCCAGCAGCAGCAGCAACAGCAGCAGCAACUGCUGCUCCUGCAACAGCUGGAGGCCCCUUUGAAGCCCUCUGUGAAGGGCGGACUGGCCGGCAUCGCAGGGGAUGCAUCCAGCCACCAGUUCAUCUGCGAGCGCUGCGGCAAGUGCAAGUGCACGGAGUGCACAGCGCCCCGGACUUUGCCCUCGUGCCUGGUCGGGCAGUGCCUGUGCUCACCGGACAGCGUGGUGGAGCACGGCACCUGCAUGUGCCUGGCCAAGGGCAUCUUCUACCACUGCUCGAACGACGACGAGGGCGACUCGUGCGCCGACCACCCCUGCUCGCUGUCGCGCUCCCACUGCUGCUCGCGCUUCCUCUGCAUGGGAUUAAUGUCCGUUCUCUUCCCCUGCCUGCUCUGCUACCCGCCCGUCAGAGGCUGCGUCAAGGCCUGCCAGGACUGCCACGACCGGGUCAACCGGCCGGGCUGUCGCUGCAAGAACUCCAACACUGUCUAUUGUAAACUGGAGAGUUGGGCCUCCCAGGCCCAGGAGAAGCCUUCCUGAUUCCUAACGUCUCCGGAGAGGAAUUUGGUCCCCCCCCCCACCCGCCCGCGCGCGCUCUCCCUCUGUCACGUGGCUCUGAUCAUAAAGAUGACAAUGAUGAUGGUGAUAAUAAUCGUUGCUAUCGAUGUUUAUCAAAACAAUUUAAGCCCCUCCCACCCUCGCCCUUCCGAAUGGGGGGCUUCUGCUAGGAGUGAUAAGCAUGGAGUAUGAAAACCACUCUUUUUGUUCGUUUUUUUUCUUUGUUUCAACAGGACCUUUUUUUUUUUUACAAAUCAGUGUUUGCCUUAACCGUUUCUUUUGUCUCGUUGGCUACACAUUAACACUCAUUAUAAAGAAUUUUCUGUUAGCUAGGCAGAGCUUCCCUGGUGCUUUAAGCCUCGUGCGUGUGGCCUCUUACCAAAUCUGUGAAGGACUAUCUAGCUAGACAAUAUGUAGCUGUUACCAGAUCAUAGCAACCAGGAGUGUUUUGAGUGGUCAGUUGCUACCACAUUAAGGCUAUGGGUAACCGUGGUUCCUUUUGGAUUGAGGAGAGCGCAUCUAUCUCAUAGUAUUUCUGGUGGAUGCUUCUCUCCCACUCCCAAGACUCUUACCAACAAUUCUGUGGCAUUCUUACCCUUUUGUUCUCAUUUUUUUUUGUAAAUUGUAUGUUCAGAUCCAUAAGAGAAAUUCCGGCUAUUUUUAAAAAAAAGAAAAUGUCUGUUAAAACAGUUUUUGUUGUACAAAAUAUUUAUUAUGUGAAGCUCUAUUAUUUUAUGAUAUUUAUUGCAAAAGACAGUCUUAAACUUACUCAUGUCUGAAUAUAACAAAAUAUCAAUACUUACUGAAAAAUUAAAGGGUGGCACAAAAGAAAAAACUAUGUUAACUUUAAUGCAGAAAAUAUAUUAAUUAAUGAAAAAUA